AUGGCGUCUGAUCCUAUUCCUCCACUCUCCAGCUUUCAGCCACAAAGCCCGCUGUUCUAUGUCAUACCGGGCGAGAUCCGUAACGAGAUCUUCCAAUUGGCGCUCAUGCAGAAUGAAGACAGCGCAGCAGCAUAUCCGGAAGACUCGUACUGGUACCGACCAGGUUUCUCAGGUCCGCUCAAGGGCAGCAGUGCACUUUUGCGCACGUGCAAGCUCGCGUACGCGGAGGGUCAGAAAGUGUUCCUCAGAGAGCUGGAAUGGGCUUUUUGGUUUAAUCGUGGACCUGAUGGCCGUACAUGCACUCCAGCGUGCGAAAGAUUCUUCAGCGACCUAACUCCACAAGCCGUGCAGUCACUCCAGAAAGUUCGUCUUUUCACGCAGAUGUUCUGGCUCGAAGAAGGAAAUCAACUAUUCUACAUCCUAAGCAUACCUCAAUUCCGACCAACCCAGCUUACUAUUACCAUACGAUACUCCGAUUGGUGGUUCUGGGAAAGCAAUGCGCCACUGAGUAUGGAAGAAAAGUGGCUACGCUACUUCGAAGGAAACCCCGGCUUGCGCGUACUGAGGGUUGAGUACGAGACGCUCAGUUGGAAGAAAGCGGAGAUGAUGCGCAUCAUCGAGCGAAACAAGAAAUGGAAACUACCUGUACGAAGAGAAGGCGGCAACUUCCAGAAGAAUGAGCUCGAGGGAUAUCUGAGCGCUGAGAACACUGGACUGGAGGAAUGGACUUGGAAGGGCCCAAGCAAGCUGGGUGGACGAAAUUGGAUUCACCAUGGCACCGAAGAUAAGGUCGAAUACGUCGUCGUCACAGAUACCUGGAAGUUUGUGGAAGGCGAACUCACCGAGAAAGAGAUGGAGGGCCGAUUGACCACUAUGGUGAGAGCACCUGAGAUGACGCGGGCCGAGGUGGAAAGACGCCGCAAUAUAGGCGCAUGGCGUGGGAGACUUCGGGAAAGGAAGAUCACACAGUAUGCAGCUUAG